AUGAACGCACGAAUCAUCCGUGAACGCUGCCUCAGCGUGCUCUCGGCCCAGGCACGUGUCUUUGGUAAAACUGAUGAACUAGUGUCAGUGACGGAGGGGGAUUCUGUCACUCUACACACUGGUCUCAAUGAAAUAAAGUCAAGUGAUGUGAUAGACUGGAACUUUGGACAAAAUGGAGAUCGUAUAGCUAGACUCAAAGAAAACGAAAAUGACAUCACAAUAUAUGAUGAUGUUCUUAAUGGAAUAUUCAGAGGCAGACUCAAAGUGGACAGUCAGACUGGAGAUCUCACCAUCACGAACAUCAUAACCACAGACAGUGGAAUUUAUGAAGUAGACAGCAUACAUGCCUCAAGCAAGAGAUUCAGUGUCACUGUUGUGUCUGUAGGUCAAACACAUUCAGGGCUGAUGGGAGAGUUUGUCACUCUACAGACUGGUCUUACAGAUACACAGAAAUUUGAUGUGAUACUGUGGAAGUUUGGACCUCAACACUCUGCUAUAGCUGAAGUCAAUAUAAAGACUAGAAAUGUCUCUACAUUUGAUGGUCCUGAUAACCAAUUCACACACCGACUACAGCUGGACUAUCGGACUGGAUCUCUGACCGUCACAAACACCAGAACCACAGACUCUGGACUUUAUGAAGUUGACAUCAUCAAAAGCAGCAGUUACACCAUACAUAAGACAUUCAGUGUGACUAUAGGAGGUGAAGUGAAGCUACUGUCAGUGAAGCAGGGAGAAUCUGUUAAGAUAAACACAGAGACUAAAAUACAGGAUAGUGAUUCCAUACUGUGGAUGUUUGGAGACACUGUCAUUUUGUCACGGUCAAUUCAUAAUGCAAAAAAACAAACCAUCCCAUAUGAUGUUCCUGGUGGGAGAUUCAGAGACAGACUGCAACUAGACCAUCAAUCUGGAUCUCUAAUCAUCACAAACAUCACAACUGAACAUGCUGGACCUUAUAAACUACAGAUGACCACCAGCAGACACACAGUAAAUAAGAAAUUCCUUCUUAAUGUCGAAGGUAAGUCAAAUCUGUCAUUUUAA